AUGAAACGAGUAAAGUUUGUUCAACACAAAGUACAUUUUGUUGUACUUUUUGUACUUGUACUAAUAACGCCCUCAUAUCAAGUUCAACAACAAUACGAGCAACAGCCUGGACAACAACCAAGUGAUAAUAACGAUCGACAACAGCAACGUAGUAGCGCCUCUAGCGUUGAAUAUCCAAAUGAAUUGAUGGCAUCGGCAUUGGUGUCACUACUACCGUCCCCGUCAUCAGUUGCGCCAAUGUCUGUUCCAUACUUUAGGGCGUCGAUACCAAUGCGUAUUUACGAAUGCUUGCGUGAAUUUAGUACUUUGCGCUGCACAAAACUCUAUGUGUUGCAAAAAAUGGAAGAACGCAAAUUGAGGCCCAAUACCGGCAAUAUUACAAAAGAUUUCCUCAAUCAAUUCUUUGGCGACGACGAACAAAUGGGCAGUCUGAUCAGCGAUCGUUUCAGAAAAAUGUCGGACAAAGAUCUGAACAAACGCUUGGUUUUGCACUUUCAAAGGUUUUUCAAAAAUCGUGACAUCAAACUGCAUUUCCUGCCCGGACUAAUGGUAAAAAUUAUACCCAGCAAAGAAAACAAAGUGAAGUUUUCACUCAAGAAAAAAGCAAAACAUCAUUUGGUGCACCAAGGACGUUCAAAGAAUGAUCGUAUUAGGGGCAUUCUGAAGGACACUGGAUUCGUUGACAGCAGUCUAGAGGGACACGAAAACACCAGUCUAGAUGAGGAUGAUAUCGACAUCAAGCCUAAGCAUAAAGAUUCUAAGAAAAGAAAAAAGAUCAAAAAGGAUAAAACUUCCUAUAAAACGACCAUGUUGCAAAUGGCUGUGCCGGUUAUGAUUAUGCCGGCCAUUCUAAUGGGCACAUUUCUACCCUUCAUUUUGCCAGUCCUUAAAAUGGCCACACUCACCACCAUGAUCAUGAACAAUACCGCUUUCAUGGCAGCCUUAAUUUAUGCCGCACGCACCCAUGUCAACGCUCAAGAAGAACAACCCAUCAAUUAUAAUUAUGGUAACACUGGUUUUCACUAA